GGCAGCGGAAAGGCAAACCCGAGGAGACGCGACGAGAUAAUACGAUUUCAAACUCAAACCGAACACCGAAGGGGAAGAGAGUGUGGGGGGAGAGAGAGACCCCGAAGCGGGAGAGAGAGGGAUAAAUCGGAGAGGGCCGUUGGGAGCAGGUGGCUAUCGCGGCCGCCGCCUCCCUAAUCCGGAGCCCCUCCUCCGGAUCGCCCCAGAUUCGCACGAUUUGGGGAUCCCGCGCCUCGCCAUCAGAUCGGGAGGACAAUCAAGGUGAAGGGGAAAGUUUUCUGCAACUUAAAUAACUAGAGUGUUAUAUAUGGCUGAGAUGAAUUCUGAUCAAAUUCUUGAGGUUCCUGACACUCCUGACCGAAUUCAACAGUCAACAUGCCCUGCAUCCAGCUCUGUUGUUAGGAGGGACGUUACAGUGGCAGCUGCUAAUCCAUUACCAUGCCGCAGAAUUAGAUUUAUAACCAGGAAUAACCCCAUGCAUGGUUCAACAAGUCAAGAUAAUGCUUGUAGUGUCCUGCCUGCACCUUCAGAUACUGACCAUAUUUUCAAACAAGCUGAACUGGCACGGAUUCUGGCACUAUCAGAAAAGCUUGAGGCAAAAUUUUCCAUACAGAAAUCUGACAGGACUGAAAUAUCUGUUGAGAAUGAAAAGAGGGCUGAAAAACGUGUCUUGGAUCAGAGCAGCAGCAUUUCUGACCACAUCAGUUGUAGUGUGACUGGAGGAAGGAGCCCUAGCUGCAGAGUUAUAGAUGGGAAGGUUAGUGAGCAAGAAGCAAAUCAUAGGAAUGCGGGCUUUCUUGGUGUAGGAUCAGGUCUUCCUACUAUCCCAGUGGGAAAACCACGAAACAGAACAUGUACUAGCACCAACAAUAGGCUGAAAGGUGUAGCAGGUAUUGAUAUUUGUCGAGGAUCAAAUUCUGGGAAGGUCAAAGGGGAGUUGGUCACUAACAAGGCCAUCGCAGGACCUUCAAGCCCUCCAUGUGGUGUUCCUCAAAGGCAUGUGGGUCCAAAAAAGCUGGUCCGCAAUGGAUGUAUUUCUCCCUCUAACAUAGCCAAAAAUAGUGCAAAUGCUGAUGAAAAGCAGGAAAUGUGCUCUCAAAGUGGACAUUUGCACCAUCCACAUCCUCAGCUUGAUGCAAUUGGCAAAGGCAAUGUGAUUGAUCUCACUGAUAAUUCACCAAUAAUGACAAGGCAGAGAUAUGCAGUGAAGGAUAAAUUGAUCUCUGGAUACAGUAUGGACACAAGGGCAGCAAAAAAGUUGAGAACAGACAGAGCUGGGAAGACUUUAAUUCCACAGUCUGUGUAUCAUGCCAACAGCAAAAAUUGUUCUGAACUUGGUUUAUCAGGCAGCAACAACAAAGGAAAAGAAAUUAGCAGUGAUAUCUUGGAUGUUGAUCAAAUUGGAGAGGCUAAUCUGAGAAGGAUUUCUCUAAGUGCUGCUGGAACUUAUUCUGUUGUAAACAACAACAGUCCUAAUAUGGAUGAGGAGCAAGGUUGGAAAACAACGCAUAACCACACAAGUAAAUUACCCAUUUCAUUGAUGGGUAAGCUGAGUUGCAAUUCUGAACGAGAAUCUGGAUCUUCCGCACCAUCUAGUCAGGAUCAUGGAUCUGGAGCACCCAUAAUGGCCUCUAGUAGGGUGCGGAAUAAACCAAUAAUGAUUGGUAGAGGAAGAAGCAAAUAUGCCUCAACUUCAUCCCAUCCCGAUGAAAGCUCUAGUGCUCGUGACGAACCUGAAGCUUCUUUUAUUUCAUCAUCAAAAAUAACAGCUGGCAGAAAUCAUACCAGCCUUCGACAUGAUAUUCCUGUAAUAACCAUUAAUGACAUACCCCCUGAAGCUACAUCUAGUUCGAGUGGAUACAGUAAUGGAGCCUCCGUUGAUCCUACCCUACAAGCACAAUUAGAGUCAGAUGAGUUACUGGCUCGCCAACUUCAGGAGCAGCUUUACAAUGAAUCUCCUUGUUUUGCACCUACAGAAGAGAUUGAUGCAAUCGUAGCAAUGUCACUUCAACAUGAAGAAGACACACAUCACACAUCUAGGCCUGUAAGGCGGUCCCCAAACAAUACUAGAGGUGCCCGUGUUUCCCGUUUAAAUGCUCUUAGGGCUGAAUUGGCGACAACAAACAGGAUGGUUUCCCAUUUGCAGAAUAUUGCUCCAGUAACUUUCAGAUCGGGACCUGCUUUAGCAAGAUAUCCUGCUGCUUCGCGCAUUCAACCUAACAUUGAUUUAAAUGACUAUGACGCGCUACUUGCACUGGAUGAAAAUAACCACCAGCACACUGGUGCUUCAGAAAGCCAGAUCAAUAAUUUGCCACAGUCAGUAGUUCAGUCGAAUAGCAUCCAAGAGCCCUGUGCUGUCUGCCUUGAAAAUCCCUCUGUGGGAGAUAUCAUCCGCCAUCUACCAUGCUUUCACAAGUUCCAUAAAGAGUGUAUCGACGAGUGGCUGAGAAGGAAGAAACUGUGCCCAAUCUGCAAGUCUGGGAUUAGGUGAAGCUAGCCAGUUUUUCAGUUGGUAGUGGUAGGGACGAGAAGCUAGUUUCUUGUACCGGCCGCUCCUGUGCCAAUUCCGGUCCGUGCGUUUUUGCCCCGGGUGUAUCGUUGCCAGUGUCGUUGUUGGCUUAAUCGGUCAUUCUGUACGCCGUAUCCCUUUUUGUUGCUAUAUUGAUUCACCGAUAUGCAUAAAGGAUGAAGUUAACUAGCCCCUUGUCCGAUA